ACCCAGCUCUAGUCACGGAUGCGUCCCUUUGAUUUCUACCGAAAAUAAUUUUAGAUUUAUGUGUAAAAUUAAAAUUUCUGUGCUAUACAUUUUUCAUUUGCCUAAAACCCAAAAAUUAUCUCUAAAAUUUUUGUUACAAAGCGACGUUGAAGCAAAAAUAUGACUUCCGAAACUGAAUUCGGGAAAACGUUGGUGGUAAACAUAGGAAAUUUUGAGAAGAUCCAAAACAUUCUAAAUGACAAAGAUAAGUACAAGGAAAUACUUGAAAAUAGCGAGAAUUUCAACACUCGUCUGUGCAUUGAACGAAGACUUCGUAUGCCAUUUCUCGACCCCCAGACUGGGGUCGCACAGACACAUUGUUCUUUGUUCAUGAAAAAAAAACAACGUAUGCCAGGAUUCCGACAUGGCCAGAUAUACACUUAUCCAUCUUCCCGCUGGCGCAAGCCCAAGCGUCAGUAUUUACUUAACCCGAACCAGAGCUACAAAGCGUUUCAGUACCGCGAACACCAUAUCCAACACUCCCACCAUCAACCGCACCAGCAUCAACAUCACCAUACUUCUGGCGUUGCUAUCACACGAGAUCUCCAUCUAGCUGAAAGCGCAGUAAUUGUUGCAACUGAUGGCAACUCCAUGGGAGCCUCGGGAGACAAUGAUAGUAAGGACUCACAUGCAAAUGCGGAGAAGGAAUGGUUUCACGAGGAAAUGGACACAUCUCAUUAUCAUCAUGGCGAUGAUUAUGAAGAUGACUUUGAUUCAGAUAACGAUUUUGACGAGUCUUAUACCAGUAGGGGUAAACGUAAAAAAGGUUCCAGACUUCGACGUACGAAUGCAAACGUAGAAGGCACUCCAAAACGUGGUCGCAAGGGUGGUGGCAAUCGUCGGAGAAACACUGUUGAAGGAGAAUCAGAUCGAAAACGUCGUGGCGGUGCUAAUAGUGCAAAUACAUCAGCAGCUGCCGCGGCAGCUGCGGCAGCAGUCGCACACGCAGCCAGCACUGCAGCAGCAGCAGCUGCCGCCGCAACAGGGCUCUAUGUAUCUCACUCGAACUCGGCUUCGCCCAUUGCAACAAAUGACGAUAAUUCACAGUCAGCAAUGAUAAUGCCAACACCUAUAGCUUCUUCGUACGAAAAGACUUCAAUCGACGCUGGAGCUUCCAAUGACUCAAUGCCUCUAGCGACUAUGGCUGGAAUAAGCAUAGGCUUGGUUGCAACUUCUAACGUCUCCAACUCCUCGUCGGUACACUUAACAAGUCCUCCCGGGUUUGUUACGGGAGCUAGUCCUAAUAAGGCCAAACAACGCGUUGAACGCGAAAUAGCUCAACCGUCUCCUUACUGUGACUUUUGCUUGGGAGAUCACCGGGAAAACAAAAAAACCAAUAUGCCCGAGGAGCUAGUGUCGUGCUCGGACUGCGGUCGCUCAGGUCAUCCAUCGUGUCUGCAGUUCACAGCCAACAUGAUAGUAUCAGUUAAACGUUAUCGCUGGCAAUGCAUCGAAUGCAAGUACUGUUCCAUCUGUGGGACCUCUGAUAAUGACGACCAGUUAUUAUUUUGCGAUGAUUGUGACCGUGGAUACCAUAUGUAUUGCCUGUCGCCACCGCUUAUUACUCCUCCAGAGGGGUCUUGGAGCUGCAAGUUAUGCAUGGAGGAGUUCCACAAGAAUAAAUCAUCGGAAAUUUAAAGUUUUAACAAAUAUUGAAUGCACUCUUCUGAAUUAUCAGCAAUUCUCUUACUUAUAUAUUUGUACAUGGUAACGAAUUUAUUUUAUUUAAGUACCUUUGUUAAUUUUAACAACUCACAUAUUUGUACAUGAUAACUAUUUUAUUUUCUAACUUAAUUGAAUCUUCAAAGUAUUUUCAUAGUAUUAUUUUUUUUGAACUAAUGUAUUUCUCCACGUAAAUUUUUACAAAUUUUAAUAUUUGGAAUGCAUAAGUAAAAAAAAAGAAAAUAUUAAACAUGCUUGUAGUGAGUAUCAGUUCAGGGAAGUCAAAAUAUACUUAAGAACUAUUGGGCAUUCUGGCAUCUAAGAAUAAUCGACAGAACAAGAGGAUCAAAUAUGGACAACAUAUAACAUUGUGUUGCACUAAAAAUGUAAGUUUAUGAAAGUAUAUUUUUUAUUAAUAGGUUUCAGUUUGUUGAAAUCAAUUCAAAUGGCCAAAUCUCGCAAGGAACUAAUUUUACUAUGUCUGCAUAUUAAGAAAAUGGAACUCAAUGUUAAAACAGAAAAUAAAGCAACUUUCAGCACGCCGAAUUUUCAUGCCCUUGCAGCUAUAAGAAUCGAUUUUUUUAGAUUUCAAUAUCUUUUUCAAUCUUUCUUUAUGUUAUAACAUAACCUUCUCAAAUUUUUACCAAAUGGAAAUGCAAUUUUUAAUCGUUAAAAACGUAUAUGUUGAGUUUUAUGUACAAAAAAAUGUCAAUUUCCUUAAUAUUUUCCUAUUAAUUAUCGGAUCUUUUCUAUGAUACAUUUAUGAUAUAUUAGACGUCCAAUUUGUAUAGAUUUAAAAAUGAAUUUUUGAAAAUGCAAUAAAUAGAUUUAUUUGAAAGUA